CCCACCACGUAAUGUCUCCAAGUUUCUCCCGCAUCACCACUUCUUACUUCUUACAUCAACUUGCUAUCCCCUCCUUUCUACGGCUUGGAGAUCACACAGCAUCGGCGCAAAUCCAUUCAAACUUCCUCCUUUACCAAGCCUGCAGCUGCACAAUGCCCUCUGAUCCAGACCCCAAGAUCCUUCGACGCUGCAUCGAACUCGCAAAGGAAGCCCUCGACGCAGGCGAUGACCCAUUCGGGUCUGUUCUUGUCGGCGCAGACGGCAGCAUAAUCAGAGAAGACCGCAACCGCGUCAACACGGGCGAGUCCGGGGAUGGAAGACGCGACGGCACUCUUCAUCCCGAGUUCACCCUCGCCCGCUGGGCGCAACUGAACCUCAGUGCGGAGGAGCGGGCAAAGGCUUCAGUGUACACCUCGGGCGAGCAUUGCCCGAUGUGCGCCGCUGCCCAUGCGUGGGUUGGCCUGGGUCCUAUUGUCUUCGUUUCUUCAAGCGUGCAAUUCUCGGCUUGGCUGAAAGAGUUCGGUGUUGAGAGAGAAGCCAAGGUCAAGCCACUUCCAAUCAACGAGGUUGCGCCAAAUAUCCCUGUCCAAGGUCCAAUCCCUGGCUUAGAUGAGGAAGUCAAAGCCCUGCAUAAACAAAAUGUCAAGCCGUCUUCCAACUGAGCGCUAACUUGGCGAUAACGGCGCCCAUACUUUCGUGGUGGGGUGAACCAGUCAGGAGAGGCGAAGGGAUUCUCGGAAAUGACAUAGGUGAAACAUCCUUAUGAUAUGCAGCCAUAGGUAUCUCGUUGCUUGAGGAUAGAAACAAUCAAUUGUUGGUAAUCACAUGGAGGACGCAAAAAAGAUGAUUGUGGUGUUUUCCGCAACCAUCUUACCAAGCACCAUUUCUUAUACUGUCGCACUUCUAUGUCCUCUUCACGUCUUGUCCUGGAACCGUGGACUUUGCAAUUCUUGUUAGUCCAUCCCCCUCUUCUCAUCCCGCGACGCACAACGAUGUUUAGCCAGCCGGCGAGCUUUCUUGCUCCUACUCCACUGAACCUUGCUGCCCAUGCGAGA